GCGACGAAUGGUCAAACCGACCGGACCUUUGUCUGGCUUUGCACAGGCAUCAUGAGAAACUAUUGCUAUACCAGAUGGGAUCAGUGCAGGUACUCUCUGGUCGAGAAAGGAACUUCCGUGCAGUACGGCGACUUCCAGUGGUCGGAGGCAUGCUCCAUCAGGCUCCGCGAGGGUAUUCCGCCGGAUCUCGAUCAUUCAAUGAUCAUCUUUGCGCUGGUCACUCUUCUGCUCAUGCAAUUUGAUAUGAGCACCGGCUUUACGCCUCAAGACUUCUGCCCUACUGAUGGGACCGAUACAACUGUACAUCGCUUCAAUGGCGCCGCGCUCAGGAAGCUAGCUGCGGAGUACGGCAUCCGGCGAUAGGCAGAGGCGCGCGAUAGUCAUGCAAUGCAGUCGAUUCGGAAGUUUGCUGC